AUCCGGUUUCAAUCGUCACAACAGAAAAUGAGAGACAAAGCGGAGGGGGACACUCCGAAAAUACAUAACAAUCACUGUCCAAACAAAGGAUUAAGGUUUGGAAAUUAUUCAUAUUUGUAUUAAAAAUCUCACAGUGGGAAACCGAUUAUAAGGGGAGGCUUCUUCAGCAGAAGUUGGCUGUGGUGUAAGGGGGAGCCGUGAGCUGAGGCAGAUUCAGCAAUGGCAGAAGUGGAUCCAGAAACCCUACUGGAGUGGCUCCAGAUGGGGCAAGGGGAGGAGAGAGACAUGCAGCUCAUAGCCCUUGAGCAGCUGUGUAUGCUCCUUCUCAUGUCAGACAAUGUGGAUAGGUGUUUUGAGAGUUGUCCACCAAGGACUUUUCUUCCUGCAUUAUGCCGUAUCUUUCUUGAUGAGCAUGCUCCGGACAACGUACUGGAAGUGACUGCCCGAGCCAUCACAUACUACCUGGAUGUCUCGGCAGAAUGCACCCGUAGGAUCGUGGCCGUAGAUGGCGCCGUCAAGGCCCUUUGUAAUCGUCUGGUUGUUGUAGAGCUUUCUUGUAGAACCAGCAAGGAUUUGGCCGAACAAUGUAUCAAGGUCCUUGAAUUGAUGUGCACACGGGAGUCUGGAGCUGUGUUUGAGGCUGGAGGUCUGCAUUGCGUCCUUUCUUUCAUACGAGAUAAUGGCUCCAUGAUCCACAAGGAUACUCUACACUCUGCUAUGGCAGUUGUCUCCAGGCUAUGUGGCAAGAUGGAGCCUUCAGACACCUCAUUAGAGACGUGUGUAGAGUCCCUCUCAACCCUCCUCAAACAUGAAGAUCCACAUGUUGCUGAUGGAGCCCUACGCUGCUUUGCAUCCCUCGCUGACCGCUUCACAAGGCGUGGGGUAGACCCUGCCCCUCUUGCCCGUCAUGGACUGACCAAUGAGCUCCUAGAACGUCUGGCCAAUUGUGGCCAACCUGCCUCCUUUACCACCACCACUACCCCAUCCAGCACCCCUCGGCCAGCAGCAGGGGCGACACCAGACUCCAAGAGCAACCCUAACAUCUCUACUGUUAUCAGUCUACUAUCAACUCUAUGUAGAGGUUCACCGACUGUUACUCAUGAUUUAUUGCGAUCAGACCUCCCUGCAUCAAUAGAGAAGGCUCUCAUGGGUGAUGAAAGAUGUGUCCUGGACACCAUGCGUCUGGUAGACCUCCUUCUGGUGCUUCUGUUUGAGGGGCGUAAGGCUCUCCCCAAGUCCAGCAUUGCCCCUAGGCUUCGUAGCAGUACUACGGGUCUACGUCGCCUUGACAGCGCUGGAGAACGCACCCAUCGUCAUCUCAUUGACUGUAUCCGUAGCAAGGACACCGAUGCUCUCAUCGAUGCUAUAGAUACAGGAGUUGAGGUAAACUACAUGGAUGAUGUAGGCCAGACCUUGCUCAACUGGGCUUCAGCCUUUGGAACUCAGGAAAUGGUUGAGUUUUUGUGUGAAAGAGGAGCUGACGUCAACAGAGGUCAAAGGUCAUCUUCUCUACACUAUGCUGCAUGCUUUGGUAGACCUCAAGUAGCCAAGACCCUGCUUCGUCAUGGUGCUAAUCCUGAUCUAAGGGAUGAAGAUGGUAAAACUCCUUUGGACAAGGCUAGGGAAAGAAAUGACGAAGGUCAUCGUGAGGUCAUGCAGAUUCUACAAUCUCCAGGUGAAUGGAUGGUGCCUGUAUCAUCAGCCACAGAGUCUACCAUAACCAGCCCGGAGGAAAUCAAACCAGAGGAUGGGGACAGGGAACCCAAGGGAGACCCGGAGAUGGCUCCUGUUUACCUCAGGAAAAUGCUGCCUAUCUUUGCUCAAGUCUACAACAACACCAUGAUGCCUUCAGUCAGGAAAGCUACACUAGCUCUUAUACGUAAGAUGAUCCACUAUGCACCGUCCAGGCUUCUAUGUGAGAUCUGCUCAGGAGAUCUGUUAGGCUUCACACCCGUCUUGGUUGAAGUACUAGCAGCAGUCCUAGAUCAUGAGGAUGAUGACGAGGGUCACCUGACAGCCCUCCAGAUCAUUCAAGACCUGAUGUACAAAGGCCAGGAUCUGUUCCUUGAUCACUUUGCCAGACUAGGGGUGUUCAGCAAGGUGUCCUCCCUAGUUGGACCUCUAGAUGAGGACAGGGAGGAAGAAGGGGCCACUGCUCAAGUCAAAAGGGAGAUCCCUGAUGAUCAACACCACCAACUGCAGCAGCAGCAACACCAUCAACAUAUGCAACAACAACAACAGCAACAUCAACAACCGCAGCUACAGCAGCAACCCCAGACACAGAGGAUGGAUGAUUCUAAGGAGGUGGUAGCAGGUCGACCUUACAGCUGGAAGGAUUGGUGCUUAGCCCGGGGUAGGGAUUGUCUCUAUAUCUGGAGCGAUGCUGCUGCGUUGGAGCUCUCCAAUGGCAGUAACGGCUGGUUCAGGUUUAUCCUUGAUGGCAAAUUAGCAACCAUGUACUCCAGUGGUAGCCCUGAGGGAGGCUCUGAUAGCUCAGAGAGCCGUAGUGAGUUCCUUGAGAAGUUACAGCGUGCUAGAAGUCAAGUAAUGCCUGCUAUCCAGACCCAACCUAUCCUCUCCAUACCUGGUCCUACCAAGCUAGUGGUAGGUAACUGGACGCUACAGUGCAAGAAAGAAGGUGAACUGGUCAUUCACAACUCAGACGGUCAACAGCAACAGGCUACAGUCCUGAGGGAGGACCUAGCUGGAUUCAUCUUUGAGUCUAAUCGUGGGACUAAGCACUCUUUCAUUGCAGAGACCUCACUAGGUCCAGAGUUUUCUACUGGUUGGACCGGGAAGAGAGGAAGGAGGUUUAGAUCUAAACUGGAACAGGUCCAGCAAAAGGUGAAGACACUUGCUCGUGAGCUGUAUGAAGGUUACUUCAAGGUUGCAGAGUCUCAUCCCAGAGAUGUCGUAGCCAAACUCAACUCCAUUGUGAUGCAGCUAGAGGCUGCAUGUGACCUCUACAAUGACCCCAUCAAGGGCAUUGAUGAUGAGCAAGGCUGGAUGGAGGAGAUGAAGGGCGCUCUCGAGACUCUAACCUGUCUCCUACGAGAGGAGAACAACAUCUCAGCAUAUGAGCUACACAGCAGUGGCCUUGUGCAGGCUCUACUCUACUGCCUCAGUGAUGGCUAUGAUCAUGUUGCUCUUCAUGACCGCUACAUCAAGGAGAGAGUAGCUCUCUUCAAAUCAUCCUUCAGAGAUAACAAUGAUGAAGAUGGUGGUGUAUCUCCUUCUGUGAUGCUUGUACGUAAGCUGGUAGCUGUUCUGGAAUCCAUUGAGAGACUUCCUCUCUUCAUAUACGACUCUGCUGGUUCUAGCUAUGGUCUUCAGGUUCUUACACGGAGGCUGAGGUUCAGAUUGGAGAGAGCUACAGGAGAGACCGCCCUCAUUGACAGAACUGGAAGAACAUUGAAGAUGGAACCUCUUACUACUGUGGCCAGUCUAGAGAGAUACUUACUCAAGAUGGUUGCCAAGCAGUGGUAUGACUAUGAGCGAACAAGCUUCACAUUUGUACAUCGUUUGAAGGAAGCACAGUCUAUCACGUUCAGACACACCCAUGACUUUGAUGAUAAUGGCAUCGUCUAUUGGGUGGGAACUAAUGCAAAAACUGCGUAUGAAUGGGUCAACCCUGGUCAAUAUGGUCUGAUAGUGGUCAGUAGCUCUGAUGGACGAGGUCUUCCCUACGGCCGUCUAGAAGACAUCCUCAGUCGUGACUCGUCCGCUCUCAACUGUCACACUAACGAUGACAAGCGAGCUUGGUACUCCAUCGACCUUGGCUUAUGGGUGAUACCAUCUGCCUACACGCUACGUCAUGCCCGGGGCUAUGGCCGCUCUGCCCUGAGAAACUGGCAGUUCCAGAUGUCUAAGGAUGGCAUCAGCUGGAUGACCCUACUCACUCACACCGAUGACUGCUCUCUCAAUGAACCAGGGUCCAGCGCUACAUGGCCUCUGGAACCUUCGACCAGUGAGAAGAAAGGCUGGCGUUACAUUCGUCUUCAACAGAUGGGCAAGAAUGCCAGUGGGCAGACCCACUAUCUCUCACUCUCUGGAUUUGAACUUUAUGGCACUGUCACUGGGGUCGUGGAAGAGAACUUAAGUGUUGCUCCAGCCAAAGUGGUGAAGGACCCUGAAUCAAGUAUGAGGAAGCAGCGUAAGCUGGUGCGUUCACAGGUACUUCGUCAGAUGGUGAUGGGACAGAGAGGGCGGAGUACUGAUUGGAGAUGGAGAGAGUUUGAAGGAGCUCACCAAGCCGAGGGUCUAGCCUCUAGUGAGAGAGAAUCAUUGGUAGCUGCAGUGUUGAAAGCAGCUGCACAGAACGAGCCCCUCCCCUCCAGAGAGCCCCCACCUCUCCCCCGCAUGAAGACCGUCACCAUCCCAGGUACCAGGAGCCCCUCUGUCACAAGCUCCAUACCUGGAUCCACACCAGGAGCUACAGGACCUAUCCUGGGUCGGAAUAAGAGCAACUCCACACCUAGCCUCAGCGCAGGAGAGGGACCAGAUGCUGGCUCUGCUUGUAAAGAUAAAGAUCACGCCUCCACUUCCGAUCUCUCAGCUCCCAGUCUAGCAUCAGCAGCCGUUGUGAUGGAGAAUCAGCUGAUGCGAUCCGGUCUGGAAGCAGUGCUGGCAGAGACAGAAGCAGUGGUCGAUGGUGCUGUCAGCGCAGUGUUGAGCGGAGGAAGGAAUAAGAGAUUGGCUACAGACUCAGAGAAGGCUCUUUCUGAGGCCAUAGAGCUGCCCCCUCCUACAGCAGGUACCGGCUCCACCCCUGUGCUGCCCCCUACCACCAGCAGUAUGAGUGUUAGUGUACCCAACCUAAGCAGUAACCAGGAUGUAGUGUCCAGUCUAGCAGAUACCUUUCCAUCUCUGAUGAGACAGAGCAGGGGUAGUGUAGGCAGCGGUAACAGUACCCUCUCAAACCGGACCAACACCUUUACUUCCAGCUUUGUCAGGUUCCCUUACUCCUCAUCUGGCCUGCCUAGCAACAACUACCUGAGCAGCGCCCAGAGUGCUCCUAACUUGCCUGGUGCCACCACCACCUCCAUGCCUACAUCAGCCAGCACUGUCCUGACGAGUACCCUAAGCUCAGCCCUGGCCACCUCCCUCACAUCCACCUCUAGUGAGAGUGAUAAUGAGUUCUUAGAGCCCUGUCCUACCAGCUCACUCAUGGCCGAGCUGGAGGAUGAGGAGUUCCCAGAGCCGGAGGAUCUCGAUGAUGAGAAUGAGGAUGAUAGUGAUGGAGAGGACUAUGAUGAUGGAACGGAGGAAGAGGACUAUGAUAGCCGAGGUGUGAGACGUAAGACAUGGGAUGAUGAACAUGUAUUGAAGAGACAGUUCUCUGCUCUGGUACCAGCCUUUGAUCCUAGACCUGGCAGGACCAAUGUCCAGCAGACUACAGACCUUGAGAUACCUCCACCAGGUACACCCGAUACAUCAUUUAGAGAUGAGACUGAUAGCACUCCGACACCAAGACUAGGACUCUUCUUAAGAGGACCUGGACUACAAGGGGUACAGGAGACGGAGGUAUACUGUGAGGAUCUACGAUCCACCAUCUUCAGAUACGUUCAGAUGCUGUACCAGCAGACACCUACUGGCACCAAACAUGAUAGGUUACGCAGGAUAUGGGAGCCCACAUACACAGUUGUAUAUAGGGAAUCAAGACCCCAGGAUGAGAGCACUUCAAGUGUAGAAAACACAGAGGGACCAUGGACUGUAGGCUUUGUACAGAGACAUCUAGGCACCGAGAGACUACCUAAGACAGAGCUUAUCAUGUACCUACAGGAGAAGGCAGAUGCUCAGUUCCUUAGGAGAUGGAAGCUGACUAGUAAUGCUACUAAUAUACGCAGGACCAGGAACUCAUCUAGACUAAUCGCUGCAUACAGGGAAUUCAUCCAGCUAGGUCUAGCCAGACCAUCUAGCCAACAGCGCCUAAGCCAGGACUCUGGGCAUGUACUGAGUGAGAGUGAUGGUGGUAGUCUGAAUGCUGGGGGUAAGGAGACUGGUGCUUGCAGUGUAGAUGAUGUCUUACAGCUCCUCAGGAUUCUCUAUGCCAUUGCUACAGAUGUUGGGUCCACAGAUCCAGAUGGUCAUCGCUUCAAUGUACCACCUGAAGAGUUCUACAGUAAAAAGAUCACUAACAAGCUAGCUCAGCAAGUGCAGGAUCCUCUGGUUCUUGCAAGCUUAUCUCUGCCUAAGUGGUGUGAGAGACUGACUAAUAGAUGUCCAAUGCUCUUCCCAUUUGAGACCAGGCAACUCUACUUCACAUGUACUGCAUUUGGUGUAUCAAGAGCCAUAGCAUGGCUGCAGGGGAAACGUGAGGCCAACACUGAACGUGUGAGGACCCCUAGCACCAGACGAGAUGACCAUCAUGAGUUCCAGGUUGGACGUCUCAAACAUGAAAGGGUCAAGGUACCGAGAGGAGAACAGCUUGUGGAAUGGGCCAUCAAUGUGAUGAGACUUCAUUGUGCAAAGAAGUCUAUACUAGAGGUUGAGUUCCUUGGAGAGGAAGGAACAGGUCUUGGUCCUACUCUAGAGUUCUAUGCUCUGAUAGCAGCUGAGCUCCAGCGUAAGAGUCUAGGAAUGUGGUUGACUGAUGAUGAAAUAGCAGAUGACCUGUCAAGAAAGGUUGAUCUUGGUGAAGGUGAGAAGCCCCCUGGUUACUACAUCCAGAAAGCCUCGGGUCUCUUCCCUGCUCCCAUUAUCCAAGACAGUGAAGAGAUCUCUCGCAUUGAGCAACUCUACAACUUCCUUGGUACCUUCCUGGCAAAGUGCCUCCAGGACAAUCGCAUGGUAGACAUCCCCCUCUCAAGACCCUUCCUCAAGCUCAUGUGCAUGGGUGAGACAGGUAGUACCCAUCUCUACUACACCUCUACGCAUGAAUCCUACACCUCACCACGAGACUCAGAGGUCUUCUUUGCAGAGAUGCAGCAGACGGAGGCCUCACUGGAGAGCAUGAGUGAGCUCAUCUCUGAUCUGGCCAUCGACAGCGGUAACGAGUCCAAGGAGCUCAUCCUAGCAGCAGACCCACCCAAACCAUGUACCCCAGCCUGGUUUGCAGGUGUCUUGACCUGGUCUGACUUUGAGUUGAUUGACCCUCAUCGUGCAAGAUUCCUACAGCAUCUUCAAGAGAUGGUGGAUCGUAAGAGACAGAUCCAGCUGGAUGGUAGUAAGACGGAGGAGGAGAGGAACAAUGAGAUUCAGAACCUCUGUCUUGAGACUUCACCUGGAUCAGGGGUACCUGUUAAGCUUGAGGAUCUAGGGUUGACAUUCCAGUUCAACCCCUCCUCCAAAGUGUAUGGUUACCAUAGCUUCAACCUGAAACCCAACGGUGAUGAUGAGUGUGUGAGUCUAGACAAUGCUGAGGAGUACAUCGAGCUGGUAACUGAUUUCUGUCUUCAUACUGGUAUCAGGAGACAGAUGGAGGCUUUCAGAGAUGGCUUCAAUCAAGUGUUCCCCAUAGAGAAGCUUCAUAGUUUUAGUCCAGCUGAGUUCCAGACUAUCCUAUCUGGAGACCAAGCUCCAUCAUGGACUAGGGAUGAUAUCCUCAACUAUACCGAACCUAAACUAGGCUAUACCAGAGAAAGUCCUGGCUUCCAACGCUUUGUCAAUGUCCUGAGUGCAAUGAAUGGUGAUGAGCGCAAGUCCUUCCUUCAAUUUACCACCGGCUGCUCCUCUUUACCCCCCGGUGGUCUAGCUAACCUUCACCCUCGUCUGACCAUCGUCCGCAAGGUGGACGCUAAUGACCAUACCUACCCAUCAGUCAAUACUUGUGUCCACUAUCUCAAGCUGCCAGAGUACUCCAACGAGGACACCAUGAGAGAGAGACUGCUCAGCGCUACCAAGGAGAAAGGAUUCCAUCUUAAUUAACCCCACCUCCACCACCAUCUCAAAGACUCUUGAAAUAUUAGCUGGAUUGUGAAUUGACCUAGGCUUAAUUUAUAUAUUCCUUGAGAGUCAUGCUCUUGCAGACUCUUUUGGUAUCGUAGAUCGAUUAUUGAUUUUAAGGAAACCCUGAAGAUUCUAGGAGGGGCAACCAGACUAUAGGAGACUUCUCAUGAAAGGAGGUAAACACCUGAAUUAAACCUCUGCUUCUCAAGACUGGAAGAAUUUAAAAAGAACUCUGAAUAGUGGAGACAGAUUAUUUAUUGAUACGAGGAAAGAAAGACAGAAACUGCAAUUAUCUCAACAUAAAUCUUAUUAUCUCAUUUUCUGUGGAGUGAUAGAGUUUGCUGUAUUUUCAAGAUACUGCAGAUUAUGGGUGAUUUUUAGAGGGUUUUUUUU